GGAAGGUUUAGUUGGCAGGUGGACCAGCAGGGGGCAGGGCAGGGAAAGUGUCAACAGUGAGUCAUCUCCACCACCUUUGUCUACAUUAACGUGUGGCCAGGCAGUGAGGCUAAGUGUGCGGCAAAAUGAGGUCAGAUCAAGUAUACCAACCCACCACCACCACACUCACCUAUGACCGCAAUAAGGCAUGGAUGCCGUCCUUCUUAGCACAAAGCUCCUCUGGGAGUUUAUGGUCGCGCACGCUCAUCCUCAUCAUCUCCGUCAUGUUUGCAGUAAUGGGUUUGGUGAUGAUUAUUGUUGGAGCCACAUCCUAUCAGUCCCUGGAAGAAGGCUCAGUCAAGGAAGUCAAUAGCACAGCUUACAUCAUUAUCCUGUGUCUAGGAGUGCUGUUAGAACUGGCAGCCAUAUUGGCCAUCAUCUUCUACAUGAGAAACAUGGGCUACUACAUUCCUUGUUGUCCGGGCAAGAUCGCUCGCAUCAGGAAACGCCUUCACGAAAACCAAAUGAUGGUCAAUGGACAGAUGGUGAGCACCGGUGAACCAGUGUCAGCCCAGUACUGCCCACCAGCACAGCCUGGUGUUGGCAACACUCCUCCACCACCAUACACUGAUAUAUCAGAGGAACAACGACUCAUGGAGGAAAAGACUGAUCUUGGUGACGACACAGAGCGCAUCCUAGAAGAAGACCCACGAAUCGUCUUGACACCCCUCAAGCCCCAUGAGGAAUGUUAGAACCUUCACCCAAGUACCUUGUUGGUAAACCCACCCUUACCACAGCUCAUUCUGGUCACUGAGUUGCUGGAUAGAGGGGGGAGUGAUAGCUCUGCCUGGCUUCCUUGCCCCUCUGGCAUCCACAGAUACUUUGACACCCAGCUUGCUAGCUGAGUCAGCUUGGGAUGUCCACAUACAAGACGAAGAAGAGAAAUAUUGUGUUUAGUGUAGGAACUCACAUUCCUGAUUAUUUAAGACUGGAUAUCUGAACCAAAGGAAAUCAAGAAAUUUGCAUACAUAGAUACUGUAUAUUAUAGUGUGUGUUAUUCUGCAUUCCAUAUUAACAUACCGUAUUGUAAGAUUGACUAAUAGCAACAAUAUUUUAUCUUGUCAAGCUGCAUGUCCAUUAUAAUGGCAACCUAUUUUCAUGUUAAAAACUUAACUGUUGGAGGAGAUUACCUAGUUAUGACAGGAUUAGUGUAUUCAGAAUUACAUCCUGCCAAUCUUUACACUGACAGACUAAUGAUUUCUAUUUAAGCUGAUAAGAAAAUAUUUACAAAACAAAAAACUUCAGUUUAUUUUGAGUGUGAUUGUUUGGUCUUGUGUAUAUUAUAUUGAUGGCAAUAUUUUUGUAAUGUAUUCAAGUAUAGGUAGAUAUAGAUAAAGCUACAGUAGUCUUGAGUUGAAAAGAAAUGUUCUAGAAAUGGUGUUCUAGUAAUUUUAUGUUGAAUGAAACCUAUUUUUUUAAUGCAAUACAAUAUUCAAAUGGAAUGACACACUCUUUGCCAGUUCACUAUAGCUGUGAGUUUACCUCACACAUUUGACCUUAACUGCUGGGAAGUUAAGAGUCCAACCCAUUCAAGUAGAUCAUUUGUGUCGUGCAUUACUAUAGUGCAUGGCCGGUGUGAAUAUCAAAGUCAAUAUUAAUGCAGUUCAACAAAAGCCCUUUUGAGUAUCUGAAGACUACCAUUUCUUAUUGAUUGUUAUUAGUUAUUUUUACCGAAACCAAAGUUUUAUUUGACAGUUAAAUCGAUUCGAUGAUGGCAUUAUGAAGACGAAGGCCAGGAUGAGUACUCUUAAUUAAGAUAUAGGAUGUAUUUAGUGUGGGACUUUAGUUCACUUGUAUAUGUGGUGUAAAUGUAUAUGUCCAUAUACAUUUACAUACAUACAAUUAUGAGGAAAAUAUGAAAUAAUUGUCUGUAUCAGUUUUGGAUGUAGUUACUGUACAGCCAGUCCAGUUGAUUGGGAACAUUGGUUUACCGUCCAUUGAAAUAUUUGCCAUUCCAAUAUAAAAUUUCCUGCCCUGAGAAACAUAGUUAGAGCCUCUAGCAUAAUAUUCUAUUUGUACAUUUACAGUUUUUUUCUAUACAUCUACAGCAACGUACGCAACGUACAUCUCGCUGGAUCUAUGUUAAACACUCGAGUUGCUGACUGUCAUCAAACCCAUAGUUGUCAAGGUUCCUCGGCAUCUGGGCUCAAACCAAAACACCACCAUCUUCCUUUCUCACUUAAGAUAUUCUGUGAAAAUGAUUCCAGUUAUCUGUAGCCAGCAAGAAGUGUGACCAUUUUUUGAAGAUUAAUCAAACACUCGAGUCAUGAGGGAAGAUUUAGGUGAAAGGAUAUUGUUCAUGACAGAGUGAGAGACAAAUGUUAAGUACUGUAUGUGACUUAGAGUGUAGCUGAAGAGUGUAUGGCAGAUUAGUUGUGUGAUUAGAGAAUUUAAGGCAGGUUUGUAGUGUGACCAGAGAAUGGGUGACUUACUCUUAAUGUGACUGGUUUAAGUAUGACCAAAGGAGACAUGGUAGACAUUUAGUAUGAGAAGUGUGAUUAGGUCCAUAGAAAAAUACUUAAUGAUAUAUCACAGCCAUAAAAAUCUUUCAAUGAAUGGCCAUUUUUAUAAAUACACAGGAGUCAUUAAAACAAUUGGAGCCUGGACUGACUGGAACCUACAAUUGCUGGUCUUAAAGUAGUACCUUAUAACUGAACUAUCUAAUUCAACCGUCAACCAAGUAACUUCUUUGAAUUGUCAUGGUUGUUAAGGGUGACGAAGGUGGUGGAAUUUAGCUAACAUGUCACUUGAAACUUUCAUAUAAAAUGGCUUGCUUAAAUGAGUUUUGAGAUGACCGGAAAAUGACAGCUUUCCUUAAAUGACAUGCAACUAAUUCUAGCAUUGCAUUCAAAAUGGCCAGUUUGAAUGUGCUUAAGGAAAUAAACUGUGCUUCCCUACAUAUUGCUUACAACGACUAUUUGUUAAUGUUGAUAUUUGAAACGUUGAUCACUUUGGUUCCAGGAAUGUGAUUUUUUUUUUUAGUUGACUGAGAUUGUCAAUAUUUGGAUAUAAUUUACCCUGGUAUGUAGUACUGUACCGUAUUAAAGUCAUCUUAAUGUUAGUAAUAUUUACGUCAUUAUGCGUUCUCUCAGGACUGGCUUUUGUUCUGUUGUUAUUAUAUAUACUGUAUUAAGAAUGUGUUACUUGUGUCCAUGUUUAACUAGUGUGGACAAGGACAUAAGCAAUGGCCUCUUAAAUCCCUAUUAAUCUUGGGCAGGAUAUUGACAAUAUAUUAGAUUGGAAAUUUAUCUAGGGUGUGAUGUCUUCUGUGUAAAUACUGUACAACAAAACCUUCUUCACACACACAUAUACUGGACUCAUAAACUGCAUCUAUAUUUGCUUUAAUGUACUAACUAGUCUAUAGAUGAAUCUGAAGUAAGAUUACCUGGCAAAAGAGAAGCUACACCAUGAAAGUAAUGAUUAUCUUUCAUCCAGUGACAAGGUACCUAUUGACAUAUUUAUAAUUGAUUUCCUCUGUGGGUGGUUCAUGGUGUGUAGAAAUCAAAAUAAUGGAGUGAGUAAGUGGCUGAAGAAAAAAAAUAAUGUAUACUUUCUGUUAAUUGUUUGUUGAAUGCAGAAUGGUCAUUGUUAAAAAAGAACCAAAAAAUAGCACGAGUCACACCUAUCCUGACAAAAACUUCCGUUGGACACUGAGGUGAGGAUCAUGUUUGUUGGUUUAUAGCGAUCAUGUUUGUGGUGCUUUUCUAACAUUGGCCGUUAUGCCUGGUUGACGACAUAGGUACUGCAUUCACGUACCUGCAAUAUUUCUGAGGGUAUUUGGUAAGGGUUGCAGGAUGGUCCCUAUAAUUUCUUAACAUUUACAAAUUAUAGGCCAUUUUAUGCUAUAGUGCUGUGUCUGUCUGUCUUUGUCCAUUCAUCUCUCUAUUAUACAGGUAUAAUGUCCUCUGAUAGUGUCUUGUCAUGUUUUAACUUACAGAUCAAGUUUUGUUUUGAGAGUGAUGGCAUCUAUAUUUUUCUUUCCUAUUUUUUCAAGUUAUAUUUCAUCUAUUAACCACCUCAGUCUGAAAGUAUUACGGGCACAUCUUGGCUCAUUAAAAACCCCAUUAUUUUACAAGGGGCUACUUCUUAAAGAAUUUCACUGCUAAAUAAUAUAGUUGUAUAAAGACUAGUGCAGUCCAAUCUAUUACUACCUUCUCUACUCUCAGGAUAUGAACUUAUGCCAAUAUUCAAUUAAACAUUUGCGUGAUAAUAAGGUCAUCUGUAAUUGUAAGUGAUGCUUGAAGUUUACAGCUAAAGUGUAUUGUUGUGGUUGCCAUACUUUAAGUUUUACAAUAUCAACAAUGUCUGUCAUUUUAUCAACAUUGAGGUAAAUGAAAAACUGUGUACUGUAGAUGUUUAUACUAUGUCAGAAAUAUAAAUCUUGCAGGUGUAUGUUUCUAUUUAUUUUAGUUUAUUGGUAAUGGGGUUGAAUCUCAAGUGUUGAUUAAAACUGUCAGUGUUUUUGUAAAGUUCAUGUUAAUUGGUUUACAUGAUGUUAUUGCAGAUAAAGAAGAUAUUUUACUAUUAUUAGGUUAAUUUAUAUUGAAAAUGGAAAAAUAAAUGGAAUGGCAAAUUGGUUAGUCAAAGAAAAUGGUUACUGCCCUUCUCCUUAAGAUAGCUGAAACUUGAAGCACUUAUUUUAAUACAUCUCUGGCAUGAUUCUCAUCUCAUUUUUACUUGUACAUAACUUCGAUGUUGUCCAAUAUCUGUGUCUUACAAGCUGCUUGCCUGUGUAAAGUCACUAAAUUCCGUCCCACUUCAUGCGCCGAACUACUGAAGCUGUUUCAAGUGUGACACUCCUGCUCUCUCAGUAUAAAUAUCACUUAAUUCAUUGUGAUUUAGUCACUCUUGUAACUAUUUUGUUGUGAAAAAUUUACUGUGUUUAACAUCUAUUAUGCUUGGAAUUGUGAUUUUGAUGGAAUACAGUGGAAUUUCUGUUAACCUGUCAUAACCUGACCUGUCACUUAUCUACAGCAACACAACUUAUUGGUUCUUAUUAAAUAGAAGGACCAUCAUUAUGUUACUGUAAGACCUACUGUACAUGGUGGUAGGCACCUAAUAGUUAACAGAAGCCAUUAUGAAUGUUUUAGUGAUUGUGCAUCUUAUGUUUUGUGUGGCCUUAUUCGUGUAAGUUUUUGCUUAUUUUACGUUUUGUCAGUUAGGAUUGUUUAAGUUAAUCUUUUAUUGUAUUAUAGUAUGAAAAACAUGGAGCUUGUCAUAAACUUUAUAGUGUACUGUAAUACAGAAUAUAAAAAAUGUACACUUUUUAAGAUUGCCUUAUUUACUCUGUGGACAUUUUUAACUGUUCAGACAUGUACUGUACAGAGGUAGAGAAAAUACUUCAGGUACAUCUUAUGGAUUUAUUAGAUGAACUAAAAUACGUCCAAAUGAUGUAUUUGUGUCGGAUCCAAUUUCAACCACAGAACUUUCCUGAUUUUUACAAUACCACCAGUACAGUACAGGACUUUACAGUACAGUACAGUAAAGCUUGGAGAGCUUCAUUUAUCUCAAUAAAAUGAAUUUGUUAUUAGUAGUGACUUGACAUUGUGUCCUUACCUUAGUGAUACUUAUUGUCUUGUGACUAUAACUACAUCUUAUGAAGUUCAUAUACUGUACUGUACUGUACUGUACUUGUAAAACAUAUACAGUGUAUCAUUUAAUGUUUGAAUAGCAGGACUUGCUGUCAUAAUCUAUUUAUUAUUAUCGGAGAAAGUAGCUGUGAUUAUUGUUAUUUGGUGGUAAUUAUUUUCUCCAAAGUGAGUUCACUUACAGUUACAUUUUCAACAUCCAUCUUUAAUUAAAUAAGUAAUGGAAAUCAUCACUCGUACAAAUGUACAUCAAUUUCAGGUAAAGGUCAAAUUAUGGUAGGGUACACUCUGGAAACAUGAGCACUUGUAAUUAAUACUACAGUAUGUACAGUAUUUUUUUUUCACUGGUUGUGCCUCUUGAUAAAAAGACUAACUAGAACUGUACAGUAUGUUAUAUAACAACAACUUUAAUAACUGCUCUUGUAAUCAUGCUGUAACCAUGGGUCUCACCCACAAUACAGUACAUAUAAUAAAAUUAUGCAAAAACACAGAAAUGUAUAUUGUAGUACAAAUAGUCAGACCAAAACUAAUGUAGGGUGUUUAGAUGAGUUUGUUUGAUUUAUGUACAGUAAGUGUUGUCAUCACACACACCAGCCAGUAUUGUACACUACAGUAUAUAUUUUUAGGUGUUUUUACUUGAAUGCAGGACCAAUGAUCUUCGGUGACUUUGGCAUUUUAUUAAAAGUCGAUAAAAUUUUUCAUGACAAUGUUUCAUGCCAUUUUGAAAGUUGUGUUUGUUUGCAGUAUAAGAUUUGGAAAUAUAAUUUACCCAGGCCUGUCUGUCUUUAUCGGUUGAUGGAAUUUUGUGUUAUUUAUUUUUAUGCUUUUUGAAAUGUUAUAUUAUCAUUAUUGGUGAUAAGUGGUAGUCAGUUAGCUUUAAUUCCUGAAACUUGAUCUUAUCUUUAAUCUCGAGCAUUUCUUCAUCUUUAUUGUUAGAUAGAAUUGUACCCAGUACUAAGGUGUACUUUAUUUCUGUGUUGCUUCUGAGGUCAUCUCAGGCAAUAGCUUCAAAUUAUCACCCAUAAAACACUGAUCUAUUGAAACAUAAAAAAGUUCCAUUUUGUAAAAAAUAUAAGACAUCUUUAAUUGGAAAUGUACUCUUAUCAGAAGUUUGGUCUCAUUUUUAAAGGACGUAUCAUUAUUCUGCCUCUAAAGGCAUCAUGUGUAUAUGGAUGUGUAUCAAGAGGUGCAGGUAUUCCUUAAUACUGUACGGUGUCGUAAAAAAUAUUAGCAUCCAAAGCUGAUUUCUUGAUUUGUCAGUACAGUAUUGUAGUGACUUGAUGUACUCCUGUAAAUGUUUUGUUGAUAAUUGAUGAAUUAAAUGAUUUGGUUUAUAUGCCAUGAUCAUAAAUGAAUUCUUUACAGGAGUGUCUCUCGGACUCUAUUCUGUCCUGUAGUAGUGUUCAGCGAUAAAGGUAGAUGACUUGUAUUUUUGUAAUUUGGAUGUUACCGGUAUAAUGUGCUUAAUUAUUGUGGCGUGUGAUCAUGACACUAAUAUAAUGGAAGCAUUGUGUAGAUUAGAGUGUUAAGAUGAAAUUUAUUGUUACAUAUUAUGAAAUUUUAAAUAUUUUCUUGAUUUAAGCCUGAAAAUUGUGCCUUGUACUGCCAGUGUAUAUGGUCAAAGCUCCUUAUAUAUAAGCAAAUGUGUGAAAAAUUUGUUAUAGCUAUAAACUAUUACUGAUGAAUAUAUUAGAUGUAUCGUAUCAAAAGAAUAAUUGACUUCCAUUGCCUACUGCACUCUUGAUUGGAAUUUUGAUUAUAUAAUCUUUGAUAGGAUAAAGUACUGUACAGUAUAUGUACUAUAGUUGUAAUCACACCUGGCAUUCAUUCUCUUUACUAAAUGCUCUGAGCAUCACUUCCUCUCUAAUUCUGAACUCAUUUUGAUAAGUCAGGAGGGUAUUUUGCUUUGUUUUGGAAACUAGUAGGACUGCAAUAAUGGUUUAUCACAAAAAAGAAAAUAGCAAAACACCUUUUGAGUUUAUUAAGUUAUUCACAAGUUGGUCCAUAUAACCUGUCUAGUAGCUAACUGUCCAAAAGUGUGUUUCUGGUCUUUAAGAAAAUAGGUAUACAGUAGUUCAUUGGAACUUUGUACAAGGUGUUUGAUACUUUGGUGUACUGCCUCAGAGACUGUCCAGUAGUGUAAUAAGCACAUACUGUAUUACUGCAAUCCGUUUCUAUUUUAGUUUUGUAUUAAAAUAUCUUCGUGAAGGUAUGAGUACUGUACAGUUAAUGUAAUUUGUUUUAGUGUUGAUUGUCCAAUAGUUUAAAGAAGUUGGUAAAUUAAAUUGAGGACUAAUAUUGUAAGCAAUCAAUAUUUUUUUUAGUAUUGUAUUCAUUAACUUUUUUUUAUCAUUGGUGUUGGUUACAUAUCAUGGGAUUGUCAUUUAUUGGUGAAUACAAGACAUUUAUUGAAGAUGGAUAAACGAUGCCAAUUCAGUAUAAUAUAUCUUGGCUCAAGUUUUAAAACCAACUUUUUUGGGGGGGGGGAUAUUCAUGGGAUUGAUAUAAGGUGGUGUGGCGAAGGAUCAUCUAUUUGACCUGAAUUACCCUACGUACACUUAACAUUUAUUAGUAGUCCACAGGCAAGCUCUCUAAGUCUUGCACAUUUUAUCUAAUUCAUUACUUUUGACUACAGUAAAGCUUUUACAAUAUACUUUGGUCAGAGAUUUGAGCUAGAAUGCCAGGGAAUUUUACUGUUCUAUUAUAUUCUCUGUAUAGUAACUUGUACAUAUACUGUGGUAGUCACACACAAACCACCAGUGACACUUUGAUUACUGAACCAUCUGUUACAAUUCAGGAAUGCCUUGCUGUGCUCUUUUCAGCCAAACUUAAUUGUCAGGUUUAUUUAGCUUGCCCAAAUACUGUCCACUCUUUUGUGGUGUGCUCCAGUUAAGAGUGACUUCAUAAUCUUCACAGAAACUCAGUUAAGGGACAAUUAAAUGAUCAGUGUAGCAUGAAUACAGUUACUUUCAGCCUAUAUAAUAAAUUCAGAAGUGUCUAGAAUAGGAGUGACAAACUUGCCACCCUUCCUACAUUUUUUUUUUAUCAAUGUUUUUCCUGGUGGUUCAGGUUUUAGUUUGUAUGGGACAGUUCAUCAUUUAUAUUCUAUUCACCUCUUUAUUAUUAUUAUUAUUAUUAAUAUAUUUAUGUUAAGCAACUUGCCAUGACACAUUAUCGUGCAAUUUUUUUUUAAUAUGAAACAUACAAUAAAUUGCUCAUUCAUUUGAUAUUAGUAUUUAAGAGCAACUUAUACUGUUCACAGAAUAUGACCACAUGGAAUUAUUUUGUCAGGCAUUUAUUAUAUAGUACUCAAGUAAAGAUUUAAACUGCACUGGCAUUAAAGAUUGAAGUACUGUACAGGAAAUUUGUUUGUAUUUUUAUCAGCCAGAGUUUCCCAAGAUCUGUUUUAUUAUUGUGAAGCUCGGAGAAAGUAAUUAAUAGUAGAAGCUAUUUGAUCCUGUUUUCAGCCUAUAAUGUCAGUGAAGAUGACUGUGUGGCUACAGUGAACCAUCGUGGAGGAUGAUACUGUACUGUUGUUUUAUGGUUAAAGAAAAUGGUCUAACUACCAUAAUGGUUUUUUGGAACUUAAUAAAAUUACAGCAGUUAUGAUUUUAGAUAAGUCGACAUUAAUACUGAAUUACAGAAUUACAUGACCAGUGCAGAAUACUGUAGUCCUGGAGGUGAAGGUUCACUGUUUACCCACUCACAAGUUAUCAUUUUUUAAUCAUGUUACAUAUUUAUAGUGGUAUUAACUUGCCACUAGCUACUGUACUUUGUCAUCUAAACAUUCCAAUUUCUUGUUGUUAUGAAAAUUCUUACCCAAACCUCUACUGAUAGCACAGUGUGAAUUUUUUUUUUUAUUAAACUUGCAAAUGCUUU